AUGGUGUCAUCGUUUUCCGGCAAAGAGGAAGAGAAGGAUGCACUUCACCAGAAGUUUGUUCUUGGCCUACAAAAAUUACAGGCCUCUGGUUUUCUCUCUGACACCAUCUAUUGGGAGAGGGAAAGAAAGCAGAAUCUUGGAAGUUCAAUUCUAAGCCACCUGACCAGCUACGAGGAACACUCUGACUGCCUUUCAUGUGUUGAAGAACCAAAACAAGCCCCCUGCUUCCAUCCCUGUUGCCAGAAUCUUGUGCUUCAAAUGACCGUCAACUGUGGGUUCUUCUGUCAAAGAAAAGAUGGUCACAUUGAAUUGCCAGAUGGGAGUGAAAUGAAUGCCUCCUCAACAUCCACAAAAGCGACUCCUACAUCAAGCAGUCAAACAUCUGGAGUGAGUAGCAGCUCUACUAAAAUGCAGGAUAUCACUGCUGGAACAGGGAAAGGCAAUUCAGGACAUGAACAGUUCAAUGAUGCUAGUGCAGGGGCUGGAACCAAGGGAUGUAAUUGCUCCCAAGGCAAUCAGAAAGGAAAUCUCUCCGUUCCUGAUCAGCCGCCCUUGAUAUCAUCUGCUAACGUUCCCUGGUGCCAACAAAAACAGCAGCUUACUCUUUUCGAGCUAAAGGCUGAAUGCCUUCAACACCUAGAAAGUAUCAAUGUACAAGGUGGUGAACUGGCUGAGUUUGUUAUGCCACUAAGGGUUUAUCUUGCAGACAGCAAACCUUCUCAGGACGAUGCCACAGAAAGAAGAAACUUAUGCUACUUCCUGAAAAUAGUUAACAAGCAUGCCAAUAAGGGUAUACAGGGUCAAGUGCACAUAUCUGGCCAAAAUUGCAAUCAGGAACAUCCCAUGCAAGUUCAAGGGUACAGCUCUUUUUGUGGACUUUGUGCAAUGAACAAUGCAAUAGGGAUUUCCAAUCAUGGGCCUCCCUUGUUUGAUGGGUGUGAUCUUGAUUUGGCAGCAGGUGUAAUGUGGUUAAAGCAGAUUUGUGAAAUUAGCUGUGGGUUUUCCACACUAUCAGAGCCUAUGAGGUGCCUUGACGGAGAUUACAGCAUUUUAUCAAUGGAAGAGGCAGCAAACAGGCAGUCGUAA